UUUCCCUGUCGGUCCGUCGUGCAAAGGCUGCGGGGCUCCUGAAGGGGCGGCGAGUGCUCGGAGCGGCGGCGAAAGGGCUCCUCUGGGCUCGGUUCUGGUUCCGUUUCGGCGGGGUUUGGUUUUUUUUCUCGGUCGCUUUCUUGCAUUGACUGGCUCGAGUCGAGGAGACGAUUUCGCGAGGGAUAUAUGCGAGUUAAGUACUAGUUAAAGUGCAUCGGUUGUUUACGUUAUGGAUAAAAGGAGGUGCAGGUCCGGGCACGAUGGGAAUCCAACCAUUUUGGUGAAGGCGGGUUAAAUUGGAAAGGGUUCCUACAAUGUAACCGACACCGGCCCAUCAGUAUGGACGUACCAUGGACAUCCAUUUUUAUUCGCUUCGUUUUGUUGUUGUUCGUUUUGGAGUUCACGUCGACCUUCAAGCAGACAGGGACUUGCUACUUCCCCGAGCGCUGGGAGGGAUCGUGGUUCCAGUCCGGCGUCAGGCAAUCGAUUCUAAUAGAAGGACCAAGACUGAGCAGCAAAGGAAGGUGCGUGGGAUCAGAAGGGGACAAGUUUCUACUUUUAGAUGAUAAGAAAGCGUGUUACAGAUGCGUAGUCAUUCACGAGAAGCAUCUAAACGUUCUACAAUAUAAAGAAACUUAUUGCCACAGCAGGGAAUUGCUGCCGUCCCUCUGCGGUCUGAUCACCGGCGAUGCUCUCCUGUACUCGAUGUUCAGAGAAAACGCCGUCCCAAUCCCUUGCCCUUUCAAAGGACCCUUCACAUUCACCUACAACCGCGGCCACGGCGAAUGCAGGUACCCAGUGUCCAGCAUAGACACCUGCAUCGAGGACAGCAAACUCCUCCUGAGCUACCAAGCCUGUCCGGACGUCCACGGCUCCGAAAGCGCCAUCGAGGAACUGCAAUGCCUGGCGCUGUGGAAAGAAGGCAGCUCGCGCUACCUGGUGGGCAAGAUCUACCACAGCCACGUCACCUCCAACGAGGACCGCUACCGGUGCUUCGUGUACGAAAAGGCCUCGCCCUCGUCCGAGACCGCCGAUCCGGUGGAGUACCGGGUGGCCCAGAGCGGCGACGCCACCUGCAACGGCCUGUUCAGCGCCAUCGAGGGCAGCAGGACGAUGACGCUGAAGAGGGCGCCGCCGCUCAACCGGUGCCGCUUUCCCUACUGGAUAGCCGGCUCCAAUCGGUGGCACAGCCUCGACUACUCGUCCACCUACAGUUUCCAUCACAAGAACUCCACGUUGCGCAUCACCAAUUCCACCGGCAUCGACAUGAAGAUCGUUUGCGUGCAGAUGAAGCAGUCCAGUAGGGACGAAAGCGCUGUUGUGCUCGUUACUCAUUUCACCAUGGGAUGCCAAAAUGGGUACGUUUGCAUGGCGUUUUACCGUCGAGACGCGAACGUUAUGGAAAUGCAAAUGGGCACUCAGACGAAUCGCCGAGAAGACGCCUGCAAUUCUAACUUCUUCGACAAGAACUCUAUCCCAUUCGUCACGUUAGUCAUGCCAUCGAUAGACGCCCAACGGUGCCCGUUCGCUGGCAAAUUCGACAUCACCAAUUUGGUGCAGAACAAGCGCGAGACCGCCGCGGGCAAGGCCGAGGAGAUCGGCUCAGGAAGCUUCUACCUCAGGAAGCCGGGUCGAUCGGCGCCCUUCAGGCGGGUGAAGCGCCUCGACGAGGACCUCGACUGCGACGGCUUCGGCGAGUUCGUCGUCGGCUGCUCCAACUACUACACCAUGGAGUUCACCACGGACUGCUCGGCGCCGGAUCUCGUCACCUCGUAUUCCUGUCACGGACAGUGGGAGGAGAACGGCACGAGUUUCUUGAUCACCUCGCCGGAGGACCACGCGACCUACGGCUCGAGGAAGUUCUGCUUCAUUUACAAGCGAGUUGUGGCGGGAGUUAUGUUCUCCACGUCGGCGGAGAAUUGCAACCGGCUGGUGCAUCCCGGGGUUACAGGGGAGUUGGUAUUUAACAUCAGCAGCAAAGGGAAAUGUUUCGAUACUGACGCUUCGGCGAGGGCCCAUCCGAUAAACGCCUGGUUGAUAGCUUUUAUACUGUUUUCCAGUCUACUAUCCGCGGCAGCUGCGACGAGAUGAUCGAUAGAUAUCGAAGGCGUUUAUGAGACUGUUAAAUAAGGAAAAAGUGGUUGUGCAUAUUGCGGUUUUACGGGGCUAUUUUUUGAAAUAAUUUCGCUGACGAAGCAGAAGGAACCAGAACAAUGUUGUUGUUUUUUGCUAUAGGAAACGAUCGAGGGCGAUGGAGGAAUAUUUUUAGCUUUCUUCGGUCGGAAUGUUAAGCUUUAAUUUGUAUACCGAAUGGAUGGAAGUAUUUUAUUAUUUUGAAAGAAUAUAUGCAAGAAACAUGUUUAAGUAUAAUAAAAAUAAUGGAUUUUUAAGAACGUUUAAGCCUUCUACAGUCAAAAAUAUAAAUUUAAUAAAUUUGAAAUAGGUACAGUGCGAAUGAAAUAACUGGAGACAUUACCGGCGCGACUUGUAGAUGU